AUGCAGUAUGAUGUAGCAGCUGAUUUUUGUGAAGAUCAUGGGGGUAAGCUGCCAUCAAUAAUCAGUGAAAAAGAAAACACUUUAUUGUCUCGUUCUUCUCAUUAUGGCUUCUGGAACGGUUUUGAAAGAAGUUAUUCCUCUUCGAAGUGGGGGUGGAUAGAUGGAAUUAAUGGCAACGUAUCGUUUUGGAAGAACGGACAACCCAGCGAGAUUGUAGGACAUGUGAAGGUAGACCAAAGAGGUCGCUGGGAGGUAGUCAGCGAUGAAACAUGUGCAGAAGCUGUGUGCAUGAUUAGAGAUAUAGAAAAUUCAAUAAAAUGUCCUCAGUAUUUUCGAGAAGGACAAAUGGAAGUGAGGAGAACCACAGUAGUUAAUGUACGUGAUGGAAAAUGGCACUACUGCUUGUUUGACAUUCAAACUAAAUACAAUAAACGUACUACGUUAGAUGAGUCACGGAAAUACUGUUAUCGCACCUUUCAUGGCCAAUUUUUGUCGACAAGUUCGGUCAGAGAAUUCAUCUUUUUACACAGCGAACUUUAUAAAGUGUCAGAUGAAAAAAGACCUAAUGUUGUCAUAGCACCAGUUGAAAGAAGUUUUCUAAGGCAUCUGGCAGACGCGAAUUUAACGAGGACAUCAGCGGAGUAUGGGCAUCUUAAGUUUCGUCUUCCUCAUCCAGAAGAAGACCAAAAAUAUUUGUGCCGUCCAGGAUGGACUUUUGUCGGAGGAAUAUGCUAUCAGUCGAUUAGCAGAACAGGAGAUUGGUAUGCUCUAGACGGUUACUGCAGAUCCUGGAACUAUGGUUUAUUGGCCACGUUUUACACCAAGGAUGAUUUAGAACAACUGAAAACCAAGUGGAAGUACCCCGCAUCAUCAGAUGAACUUUAUAUCGGAUGCAAAAGAGAAGGCGCUAAAACUUGUGUUUUUGAAGAUAAGCGCCUGGCUCCUUUUUUGAACUGUAAAGACACUAAGAAUUACUGCACUUUCGGGAGUAAUGGAGUGUAUCUGAGCGAUGGUAGAAAAUCUAUACGUGGUAUUUGCGAAUACAAAAGCCAAAUUUUUUUCACAGAUGAAAAAAGUAUUCAAAGGUUUGCAUGCAAGAAGUAUUUCGACAAAAAAAUUAUUUUUGAAAAUCAGGGACAGUCGACAAGUGGCAAUAAAACUUAUUACGGUCAGAUUAAUCAACGACUGAAUUUUGAAAACGCUCAACGUCACUGUGAAGCCGAGGAUAGUAUGCUAGCAUCAUUUUCGACAGUGGAGGAGUUUAAAACGAUAAAGCGUAAGACUUCUUCACUUUUGGGUAACGCAAAAAAAUACAAAUCGGCAAGCUACUGGAUAGGGCUAAAACAGGUGAAUGAGAAAUGGCAGUGGAUGGAUACAACUACUGUUGACUACAUUGCUUGGAAUAGUUUUAAUGUAACAGCCGAAACAUUCGGUGUUCUGAAAUGUAUGUUUGUCGAUGAGGCUGGUAGCUGGAAUCGCGAAAACUGUGAUGUUGAGCAUGACUUCCUCUGCAAAUAUGAAUAUUUCACUGAGUCAAAACCAUUUUGGCUUUCCUUGGUCCUUUACUCUAAUGAUUGGCUAUGGCCUUUUCGUGAUAGGCCGACCUUUGGGAACUGGAAAUCGGGCGAACCGGAUCAAUGCUGCCCAAGUAGCAAAAUAUAUGCAGCGUAUAGUGAAAAAGGAGAAUGGAGCGACACCUCGCCUUCUUUCAAAGCAACUACUGUUUGCAAAUAUAGAAAAGGCCAGUUAUACAAGGAUGUCGAAAAACCCUAUGCAGCUGCAUAUAAUGAAGUAGAAGAAGAGAUGAGAGAAGCAGAAAAACUGCGGACAGAAGAUGACUAUAUGGGAGAAGAUGGGAAGUUACGGCAACGAAAGCAGACGGAACAAGAAGCGAUGAAGCAUACGUAUAUGUUGUACACGGCUGUAGCGUUUCUUAUGUUUGCUACGAUAUUUUCAAUAUUAAUUGCUAUAAUUAGAACUCGUCUAAAAACGGUGUUUGAUGUAAAGCCACCGCUUUAUGAUGAAUUUUACGAACCGUUUGUCGCCACACCACUGACGCAGGAAUCUACACAGUACGAGGACGUAAAAGAUAGAUCACAAGACUAUCAGCUGAAAUUAUUAAGCAUGAGCCAUUAG